GGCGAUCCGAGGGUCCGGGGGACUUGUUUGCUGCUGGAGGUGUCGGGCCAGAGGGGGACGGCAGCAGGCAGGACUCGGGUGAUCACUUGUCUGGAGGAAUCCGCAGCAGCGGCAGCAACAGCAGCUCCUCUCCUGCGCCCGCGCUUUCCUCAGGCUCUGCUUUCCCCGACUUUGCCAGUCGCUCCGGCGGCAUCAGGCCGAUCAGGGGCCGCACAAAGCUCUUGUUCCCUUUGAGGGUUGGAGGCGACAGGGGCUGCGGGCCGAGUCCCGCCGAGCUGAGGGCUGCAAGUUGGAGCCUUCGGGUAACUUGCUUUUCCCCACGCAGCCGACCCCGCUCCUGCCCCCGGGCACACACCCCUCUCAAGGGGAAGUGGGCACCAGCCCCUGCCUCCCGGGGCGCCUGAUCUAGGGUGGGACAGCUAGGCAGGGUCAUGCCACUUUUGAGUACUGUGACCUUGGGCAAGUUCUUGCACCUCUGGGAACCUCAAACGUUCUUUUAGCGGGGCCAGGAGCAGCGGCGGCUCCGGACGCUCCGAGGACACUUGGAAGUGUCGGUGAGGCGCGCGAGCUGCAGCCACUGGCGCCAAAGUGCGCCCCCGCGCGCGGAGACGCUGCGAGUCCCCAAAGUCGCGCUGACGCGGAGACCCCGUGCCUCGUCGCCUAUCUGCUUCCAAGCACCUGAGACCAACAUCUCCAGCUGGAGGCAUCAACUCGCACCAGUUCAUCUGACUUCUGGCCAGACUCUGAAAUGCCAACUAUGUCACGGCCUGCACUUGAUGUCAAGGGUGGUGGCACCUCCGUGAAGGAGGACACCAACCAGGAGGUGAACUCUCUGGACUACUCUAACCUCGGAGUGAAGGAUCGCAAAGCUGUGGCCAUCCUGCACUACCCUGCGGUCACCGCAAACGGAGCCAAAGCCAAUGGAGCCCCCACUGGCUCCCCUGGAUCAGCAUCUCCAACAGGCUCUCCUACCACCACCUCCCCUGCUAAACCCCCACCCUUCAACAUGCAUCCUGCCCCCCACCUGCUGGCGAGUAUGCAGCUGCAGAAGCUGAAUAGCCAGUAUCAUGGGGCAGCAGCGGCUGCUGCUGCCACUCCAGGCCAGCCAGGGGAGGCAGGGCCCCUACAAAACUGGGGUUUUGGGGCCCAGGCCGGAGCAGCGGGAGGGGCGGGAUCGGCCUCUCCUCCUGCCGGUGCCCAGAGCCCAGCUAUCAUUGAUUCUGACCCAGUGGAUGAGGAGGUGCUGAUGUCUCUGGUGGUAGAACUGGGGCUAGACCGAGCCAAUGAGCUCCCUGAGCUGUGGCUGGGGCAGAAUGAGUUCGAUUUCACUGCAGAUUUUCCCUCUGGCUGCUGAUGCCAAGUGUCCCUAAAAAUCGAGGAGCAAAGCCACCAAUUCUGUUGUAAAUAAAAGUUACUUGCAAA